GUCACAUUGCCACGUCUGCACCGUGCAGCUCCUGCAGCGCCGUGGGCGGAUGUGUCUAUCUUACAGCCAGUGGAAUACGGCCCUGAGCUCUUCCACUGGGCACUUCUCUGGGACCGGAGUGCUCUGCGGAGAGCAGCCCUGACGGGAUUAGCGCUUCCCUGAUGCUGGGGACUGCAGCCGAGUCAAAGGAAUAGGCUUGGCCUGAGGUGCAUCCUGACACGAGCUGCCAGCCCUCGGAACCGUGCUGGGGAGCAUCUCUCCCUGUGAGCUGAGAGCUCUCAGGAGCGGGCAGUUUCCUCGUCCGUCUGGGACGCCCUUGUCUUCUUGGAGGAAGCCCGCUGGCCACAGUUUCUCCUGUCCCCUUUAGAUGAUACAAAGCUGAGGAAGCAGCAGGGCUGAAUUUCCACUUGGACACCGAAAGCAGUGACGUUUUUAUUCCUUUUGUAGCAAAACGAUGCUUGGAGACGGCAGGGCCCAGGUGGGGGAGGCUCCACUGCCUCCCUGACCACUGGACAGCCAAGCACCCGAAGGCCCUCUCCUACCGCCCACCCCGGAUGGGCAUAGCUUGCCUUUCCCACCAGCUCUGCUUUGAGACUUGCACUUUCACAUUUGAUGAGUAAAGUGGCUCUUCCUUCUCACCUUUCUUGACACUUGUCUGGUGGGAGGGAGGAUUGGGGCCACAGCAGGGUUCUCUCUCCCCCCCCCCCCUUAGGAAAAAGUGCUCUUGGUGACUGCUAGCCAGGGGUGGAGAGGUUGGGUUUCAGCAGAUUCUGCAUCAAGGGGGAACUCCUCCCCUGUGCUGGGGUUGCCUGGCCCACGAGGGGGGGACGGAUACUCCGCCCCCCCCCCAAGGCAGCCAGCGAGCCCUGCACACUGGUGGCCCACUGCAGUGCUCUGCCAGGGCUUUAGUGGCCCUUGGUGCCAUCCUUGCCUGACCAUUCGUUUCUUGCCUUCCAGUUGUGUGGCAGAAACUGUACUGGGAGGAAGGGGGGGUUUCCUGGCUGUGUUGCUGAGGGCAGGGAUCUCCUGGAGCCUGAGCUCUGAAACUGACAGGCACAUCCCAGGCAGACCUGGCCCAGGGGACUUCCCCGCCCUGCUAGAUUGCACUGACCAUGGUAUCCGUUGCAUAAAAGGGCAGGGAGCACAUAAUGUCAAGAGUCACUCGCCUUCCUUUCAAAAGGCCCCCCAAGCUUAGGACUAGGAAGGCCAUUUCAAUACCAAUCAUAGUGUGUGAUCUUUAAAAGUGUGUUUGUUUUAAAAACUUUUCCUUUUGCUUGAGGAUGCCCCGCGUUGAUUCGGUUUCAAUGUGCAUUCUUUCUAUGAUUUUGUACACUACUUGCCCUUCUCUGCUCUGCUCGUGUACGCCUGCCUGUUGCGUGUGCACACGCCACUCCGUCAGAGAUGGAUUCCGGGAAAAGGCCUCUGCUGUGGGGCUGCCUCCCACGGAAAGGCUUCUUGCCCCUUUAUUUAUUGAAGAGCAAAAGUCAGCCAGUCCCUUUACAUGUCUUUGAUUAAAAGGGUUUGUUUUGUUUGUGAUUCUCCUGUCUGGUUUGUACCCAUUGCUAUGAGCCAAGUGGCUGCGGCCGCCUAGGUGAAGCAGAAGAGCUUCGGAAACACGCCACGGAAGCACACGCCCCUCCUGGUGCUUUGGUGAAGCUGCCCUGCGCCGUAGAGCACCUGCGCUGUGUCCUCAGUGGGAGGCAGCGUGGCACUCAGGACCACGGAGGAGAAUGUCUGUCCGCAGCUCACCCACCGCCUGGCGAAAGGAGCAGCCGUGGCUGCACCCGUGGAAAGAUGCCGACGGGCCGGGGGCAGUAGACGACAGCCUCACCAGCCUGCAGUGGCUGCAAGAGUUCUCCAUCCUCACAGCCGACCCCGAGAAACCGGACACCUCCAGCCUGCUGGGCCACUCGAAGGCCCCACCAGGCCCCGACGCUCCGGCCAGCCCCCUUGCAGGAGACACAGCUGCCGCUGGGACAGCCCCGAGCGUGGAGAAAUCCCCCUGCUCCACCUCCUCCUCCAGCCCCCCGCAGGACACGGUUGACUUCAGGACCAACGGCCAGGUGAAGCCCCCCCACUCCUACGCCACCCUCAUCUGCAUGGCCAUGCAGGCCAGCCGGGGGGCCAAGGUCACGCUCUCCGCCAUCUACGCCUGGAUCACAGAGAACUUCUGCUACUACCGCCAGGCGGACCCCAGCUGGCAGAACUCCAUCCGCCACAACCUGUCCCUGAACAAGUGUUUCCGCAAGGUGCCGCGGCGGAAAGAUGAGCCUGGCAAGGGGGGCUUCUGGCAGAUCGACCCCCAAUACGCAGAUGUGUUUGUCAACGGGGUGUUCCGGCGGAGACGGGUGCUGGCGUUUCCCUCGGCUUCUGCUCAGCCCUCAACGGCUGCCAGUGCAGAGCCAGGCUCCAGCCAAGGGACAGGGCAGCCGCUGCCUCGGCUGCUGGGGACACCUCGACGCCUCGGCAAAGGCAAGCCGCUGCCGGCCCCGUGUGCCGGCGGAGCGGCUUGGACGGCCCCGGCUCCUUCACCUCCGGCGCCUGUCGGUGGAGGCCUGGGAGCGCUCAGCUGGGCCUCUGCGCUGGAGGACACCUUCGCUGGCGGCGGAGGCAACUUUGAGGACUUGGAGCUGACAGCAGCCCUGGGGGCUCUGGCCACGGGGGAGGAGGGCCUCGCUCCCCACGGCCACCCCCUCGGGGCUCCGAGCGAAGGCGGGGAGGCCUGCCCUGCGGCGGAUGACCUGGCAGAUGGCCUGGCCCUGUGCACUGAGCCGUGGGAGGAAGUGGUAGCCGAGCGAACGCUGGGAGCCCCGUGGGCCUUUGAGGAGGGGGCCUGCUUUGCCGAGGGCUUCCUGGCGGAGAUGCAGCCCUGGGCAGUGUGAGCUCACGAGCGCCCGGGGCGGAAAAGAGGCAAGGGAGCCAGAACUGGCUGCACCAGCCAGGGCCGCUGGGAAGCCAAGGGAAGCCCUGCUGCUGCCUGUGGUGCCUCCUCCUGCCCCCCGGCACAGCGUUCGUGGAGGCCUUGGGCGCAUGCUGCGGCCACUGCUGCCGCCGGGCCUCAAUUCCCCAACCUGGAACUCAGAGGGCCCAGAGCCUGGGAAGCCACACGCUCCUGGCCCUCAGGGGUGCUCUGAUGGGCCUGCCAGAGGCACAUGCCCCAAAGGGCCCAGGGCAAGGCUUGCCACAGCACCGCGACACUGGCUGGCCACGCUGAGCCUCCGUGGCCUCAUCCGCCCCCAGAGACACACCCCACACGUCUCCCUCCAUUUCUGAUCCUCUUUCCAAAUCUGGGUUUUGGCAGCAGAAUUUGUUAGUAAAUCUAUGGGAAUUUUG